UACUAGUCUGUUGCUAUUCCACUAUUCCACUAUUCCACAUGCUACUAGACCCUACCAGCUGUAGGACUAGGUAGCAUGCUACUACUCGCCACCAUCCUUUCCUGCCAUGCAUGUUGAUGAAGUAUGUAGAGCACUCUGUGCGACGGUUUCGCCAGACUUGACGCAGCGUUGCGACGCCGAGACGUACUUGAAUAAUUGCAGACAGACAGUUGGAUUUCCGCUUUUACUACUUCAGCUGGUGCUAGCCGCGUCGGUCUGGGACACCUUGAAACACAAAAUCUAGCGGUAGGUGCAGGAGCAUUGCAGCGUGAGCGCGAAUGAGCAGUCGGCUGUGAUUAGAUCAUCGGCAUAGUCCAGCGUGCGCCCCUGGCUUGUAUCUAAUUCUUGUCGUAAGAGAGCCUCUGCAUGUAGGCAGCAAUUUACUUCAAAAAUUUGAUUGAAAAAAGUUGGGAGGCGGAUCCAAAGGGAGCAAACGAGAUUUUGAUGGCUGACGGUGACCGAAAUGCGAUCAAAGCGCACAUAGUAAAACUAUUGUGUGAAUGUGGUUCCUUUGAAGAUAUACGCCAGCAACUAUCUCAAGCCCUGUCUCUGAUGGCCGCAUCCGAUUUCCCAGGAAAAUGGGAAAGUUUAUUGCCAGAAAUUGUCAAAAACUUGGAGGGAGGUGAUAGAGAGACAACCUCUGGGAUGCUCUUAGCAGCGAACUCCAUUCUCAAGCGAUUUCGGUUUACGUAUAAAUCUGAUGCGCUAUACAGUGAGCUUAAGUAUGUCCUAGGAAUUCUGGCGGCUCCACUGACAGCUCUCCUCAUGCGACUUGGGCAGGCGUUAGAUGUAGCGGAUGACGAUCAGAAGUGCUGCAAGGAGGUCUUAGAAUCACUCAGGCUUGCUUGCCGCAUCUUCUACAGUCUGAACUGGCAGGAUUUGCCAGAGUUCUUUGAAGAUCACAUGGCAGAAUGGAUGGGCCAGUUUGAGAAAUAUCUUGGCUACAAAAGCAAAGCGCCACAGAAUGAAGGCGAUGAUGAGUGCAUAGUGCGCCUUCAAUCUGCAAUUAUGGACAAUAUAUCACUUUAUGCCCAGAAGUAUGAAGAGGAGUUUACCCCUUUUCUCCCACGCUUUGUUUCUGCGACCUGGCAACGCCUUAUCAAGUUGGGUUUGUUACCUAAGCAUGACCGCCUUGCAGCAGCAUCUAUUCGUUUUCUUGCAGAAGUCGCUAGUAAGCAGAUGCAUACGACCAUGUUCAUGGAAGGAAACGCACUAAGCCAGGUAAUUGAAGCUAUUGUACUCCCCAACAUGAGUAUUCAGGACUCAGAUAUUGAACUUUUUGAGGAUAGCCCCCUUGAAUAUAUCUCUCGAGACUUCGAAAGUGCAGACGCCGAAACGCGGCGGCGAGGUGCUUGCGAUUUAAUUGCUGCCUUAUGUAAGCAUCACAAUGCUACAACCACGCGUGUCUGUGUUGAUUACAUUGCUGCUAUGCUCCAGAAGUAUGCCGAAUCACCAUCUGAACAUUGGCGUAGCAAGGACACCGCACUUCAUCUCGUUAUUUCUCUAACAGGUCGUGCCGAGUCCCCAGCGCGCGGUUCGGACAAAUUCCCAGACCAAAUAAACUUCAUGGAAAUGUAUUCGUUGCACAUUGUGGGGGAAAUUGCAGCUCAAGCUAGCUCCCACCCAAUCAUUCUUGCUGACGCAAUCAAAUUUGUUUGUACUUUUCGAAAUCAUAUUCCACCCGAAGAACUUGUUAAGCUUCUUCCGCUGCUUGGUUGGCGUCUUUGUAAUACUGAAGUUGUCAUUCGAAGCUAUGCUGCUGCCUGCAUUGAAAGGAUUUUAGCAGCCCCUGGCAAAAUUGCCAAGGAUCAAAUCGAGCCAAUGCUCACACAACUUUUCGAGGCCCUCUUGGUAGUCCCUGAAGUUGCGCUUACUGGAAGUCCUUCGUAUUCAGAUAGCAUGCCAUGGGAGAAUGAAUAUGCCAUGAAAGCAGUAAUGCGCCUCCUAGUAGCCAGCCAAGAAAGUGUGAUUCCCAUAGUCAAGAGUAUCACAGAAAAACUCUGCAAUUCCCUCACGCGAGCAUGCGUUAACCCUGGCAAUCCAAGAUUUAUUCACUAUCUCUUUGAAUCUCUUGCUAUUCUAGUGCGGGUUGCCUGCAAGGCCGACAGCAGUGGUACCUUGACGAAUCAAUUUGAGCAGACGUUUUUCCCUCAAUUCCAAGUAAUUCUCCAGAUGGACAUUGUCGAGUUUGCUCCUUACGUUUUUCAGAUUCUUGCCCUCAUUCUCCGGUAUAAGCAUGCACUUUCAGAUGCCUAUGCUUCCCUGCUACCUGCACUUCUGCAUCCGGCUCUAUGGGAGCGCUGUGGCAAUGUGCCAGCACUAUCUGCUCUUCUAGAGGCCUAUCUUGCGGUUGGUGCUGAUCAACUUGUUGCGAGUAAUCAGCUCGAGCCUAUACUUGGCGUCUUUCAAAAGCUUCUUGCCUCGAAGUUAUCUGAGGCUCACGCGUUUGAUCUCUUGAAAUCAAUCAUUCUGCAUGUUGAUUCAAUCGUCGUUGAUCGUUAUAUCAUGACCAUUCUGCAGUUGCUUCUGACCCGUCUUCAGCAAGAUAGAGAUCGCUGUGAUUUAUGUCACAAAACAUUGUCUUUUCUUGGCCUUCUUGCUGGUAAGCACGGCGGGAAAAGCCUCGCAAAUAGUAUAGAAAAUCAGCAAACCGGCCUUCUCGCUAAUCUUAUCUUACAUGUCUUCGCACCUAAAAUUGCACAGUCAGAUAUUGCAAAUCCGUUCGAUGCCAAAGCUAUUGUUAUUGGAGCCACACGAAUUCUUUGUGAGGCACCUGACGUUCUUGUUAAUCAGGGCGACCCCGCUUCCUGGAGAGCCCUAGGUGCCAUACUCGUAAAGCUUCUCCGUCAGAUUCGUGGGCAGUCCUACACCCCGAAUGAAAGCUUUGAGUGUGCAAAAGAGAUUCCAGAUGGUCCCAUGGCCAGCUACGAUGCUACUUUUUCCAAGCUGCACUUUGGCUCAAAGAAGGUCGAGGAUGCCUUUUCAGACAUCCAUGACGUUAAAGAGUUUGCUUCAUUCCAUCUUCAUCAACUUGCCACCCAAAGGCCCCAUUUCCAACCACUUGUUUCCACAAUUCAGGAACAAUAAAGUAGUAUAGGUCGGUAUCUCAAGUGUGCGGAAGCGCAGGCAGGGGUUUACAUUGCCCAGCGGCAGCAUGCAUAAGUAUAAUAUUAGUGUGGUGACCC